GAAACACACUGGAGAAAAGCCAUUUGAAUGUUCCAAAUGCGGCAAAUGUUAUUUUAGAAAAGAGAAUCUCCUGGAACACGAAGCCAGAAACUGCAUGAACCGAUCCGAGCAGGUUUUCACGUGUUCAGUCUGCCAGGAGGUGUUCAAGAGGCGCAUGGAGCUGCGGCUGCACAUGGUGUCACACACCGGGGAGAUGCCGUAUAAGUGUUCCUCCUGUGCCCAGCAGUUCAUGCAGAAGAAGGACCUGCAGAGCCACAUGAUAAAGCUGCACGGCGCACCAAAGCCCCACGCGUGCUCGACCUGCUCCAAGUGCUUUCUGUCUCGGACAGAGCUGCGCCUGCACGAGGCCUUCAAGCACCGGGGAGAGAAGCUGUUUGUCUGCGAGGAGUGUGGGCACAGGGCAUCGAGUCGCAACGGCCUGCAGAUGCACAUCAAGGCCAAACACAGGAACGAGCGGCCCUACGUUUGUGAGUUCUGCCACCACGCCUUCACACAGAAAGCCAACCUCAACAUGCACCUGCGCACGCACACCGGUGAGAAGCCGUUCCAGUGCCACCUCUGUGGCAAGACCUUCAGGACACAAGCGAGCCUGGACAAGCACAACCGGACCCACACCGGGGAGCGCCCCUUCAGCUGCGAGUUCUGUGAUCAGCGCUUCACCGAGAAGGGGCCCCUGCUGAGGCACAUCGCCAGCCGGCACCAGGAGGGGAGGCCCCACUUCUGCCAGAUCUGCGGAAAGACGUUCAAAGCUGUUGAACAGCUGCGCGUCCACGUCCGCCGGCACAAGGGCGUGCGGAAGUUCGAGUGCACUGAGUGCGGCUACAAGUUCACGCGGCAGGCUCACCUGAGGCGCCACAUGGAGAUUCACGACCGGGUGGAGAACUACAACCCCCGGCAGCGGAAGUUGCGGAACCUGAUCAUCGAGGACGAGAAAGCUGUGGUGGUGGCACUCCAGCCACCCCCGGAGCUGGAGGUGGGCUCGGCUGAGGUGAUCGUGGAGUCCCUGUCCCGCAGCUCCCUGCCCGAGGAGAUCCCCGUGCAGAGACUCUGCUCAAACGAGAACUUCUCCACAGCGGAUGUGAUUGAGCAGUCGCUGAUUAUAACAACAACGAUCCCUGAAGACUGUGAAACAUAG